CUUGAAAGUCAACAGUAUUACUAGUCCUUUAUCUCUUGGACGCGUCGUAGCCGCUCGCUCUGGGCCACACGAAAUGCACACUUUCGGCACAGCAGGGCUCUCCAGCCAACCGCAACAACAUUUUAAUCGUAAACCGGAGAUACUAGGCAAGCCUAAUAGACAUGGGACAAUGGCUGAUAAUGCUUCACGGCAGCAGCAGCGGCAGCAGCAGCAACAACAACAACAGCAACGACCAGAAAGAAAGCAAGGCUCGUCUCGAGCUCCUAUCCCUAUGGAUCCAGUGGACAAGGCCCGACGCCAAAUGGGCUACCGUAAUAGCUGGCAUCGCAAAGAUGUCGACCUAGCAUCGCAGGUUCGCUGGCCGGAGCCGCUGGCCCCCAACCCCUCGGUCGCCAUCAUUGGAGGCGGCAUGUCAGGCCUCAUGUGCGCCCAGGAGCUCGCCAGGCUGGGAAUCAAGAGCACUGUGUUCGACACCGGCAAGCACGGAGUGGGAGGCCGCAUGGCCACUCGGGCCGGCGGGGAGGCCUCGCUGCGCUCCGGAACUGCAUGCAGCCUGCGGCAGCCGGGCAAACCCGCCGACCAGCUGGGCGGCCUCAGGUUCGACCACGCGGCCCAGUUCUUCACCGUUACUGACCCGCUCUUCCAGGCCCACGUGGACCGCUGGCUGGCGGCGGGUGCCGUACAGCUGUGGGAGGGCCCUGUGGGCUCCCUGCAUGCGCCCUCGGGCGCCUUCCGACUGCUGCCGCCGCAGCCUCGCUACGUGGCAUCUGGGGGCAUGCGGGCACUGGCGCAGCGUCUGGCAGAGGAGGUGGCGCAGGAGGGGGGAGGAGGAGGAGGAGGAGCGGGUGGCAGGAGGAGAGAGGCGUUGGUGGAAAUCAGACGGCCGGUGUGGGUGGGGAAGAUGCAGGCUGUGGAGGGUCGCGGUUGGGAACUCCAGGGCGAGGGACGCAGCCAGGGAGUGUACGACGCAGUGGUGAUCGCGCACAACGGGAAGUGCGCCAACCGGCUGGUCGGACCCACGGGCGCCCCGCUUGUUGCCCAGCAGCUGAUGCGACUGCGACUCAAUGCGGUGUGGGCGCUGAUGGUGGCCUUUGAUGGCCCCCUGCCCGUACCCUUCGAGGGCGCGUUCGUGCAGGGCAGUUCCGUGCUCAGUUGGGCCGCCAACAACACGGCCAAGCUGGGGCUCAGACAUACCCCCGAAAGCCUGCAAUGCUGGACUCUCUUCUCCACCAAUGCAUUCGGCCAGGCGAACAAAGUUCCCCAGGAGGCCAUUCCCGCUGACGUCGCCGAUAAGGUUGCCACAGAGAUGCUGCAAGCGUUGAAGGAAAGUUGCGUAGGCAGCGGCAGCAGCAGCAGCAGCUCCUUGCAGUGGCCGCGGCCUGUGUUCACGCGGGUGCAGCUGUGGGGCGCUGCACUGCCGCUCAACUCGCCCGGGGUGCCCUGCAUACUAGACCCGGACAGUAGGGUGGGGGUGUGCGGCGACUGGCUGAGCGGGGGCAGUCUGCAGGCGGCGGCAGUCAGCGGCAUCACAAUCGCCAGGAGGAUUGCAGGUCUCCGAGGGCAGUGCGGAGCCGAGCAGCUCGCUCCCUUCCGACUGGGCCUGGAGCAGCCCUUCACGCCGCUGAGGGGCGGCUGCGACAUCGGGGAGUUCCCGAAGUGAGGUCGCAGCGAGGUCGCGGUGCUGCGCAGCGCGGCGCAUCGUCUCUUGUGAGGUUGUUCUUGAGGGCCGAAAGGCGGGCUGUGGUUGAGGAGUUGGUAUUGGCUGGCUGGAAAGUGAUGGCUAGGCUGUGACUGCGGAACAUGUACCGUGCGUGCUUUGCAUGAUGCGCCUUCGGGGGGGACGGAUUCGGACGGAUCACACCAUUUGCAGCAGCCCUUUAAGCGAGUGGUCUUACAGUAACAUGACGUGGGGAUGUUGUAAGAGUAUAAGGCCGUAUGGAUGCUGUGGGCAUGUGACCUUUCAGUUCUAUGGGUUUCGGUGCUUGUCGGUUUGUGCACUGUACGUCCAAGGCGCUGACUUGUGACGUUGGAGAAAGGCUCUUUACCUCCAGUGUGCUCUGUUACUGCAUAGCUUAACACAUAGUCCAAGUCCUCAGACCUAUCCAAGGCUUUGCAACACCCGCGUCAGUUACGCAGAUAGAGCUGACUUAAGCACUGUUACGCAUAACAUUGUCUUACUUUUUCACCAAAGAGGACUAGGCAGUGUAUUAUGCUUUGCAUAGAGUGUGGCAGCAACAAUCCUUGCGGGUGCAAGGUUGUAGGCCCCACGCUUGGAUUUGUCGUGGGUGUGGUGACCGCGGUUAUUGCUUAUCCCUUGGGCGCUCUCAUGUACUGCUGCGUUCGGCCCACCGCCGACAGGCUAUUUGCAGCACCAGCAGACGUUUUCAGGAUGACCUCUGCUAUAUUCCCGAUAUAACUUGGUGGACAAGACAUGCCCUUGAUCGGCAUGCUGUUGUAUGUUUUUACAAGGCUCUGUAACAUAUACCCUUUC